GUCCUUAUAUGGGAGCAAAUCACAGCAAUCAAAACAAAGUAACAAUACUACUUUCCCUUUUCUCCUUUCUCUCAUCACACUACUUUGUCUUAAAAAAAUAUUAAAUCUUUCUUCCUUCUGUAGACAAAAAAACACAAAGUUCUCCAUAAAUUUAACUAAGUUUAUGGAUAACCAAAGAACUACUCUUCUUAAUUGGACUUACUUUUGCCAAGGCAAGGGCAUGGAUGAGCUGAGUCAGACACUGUUGCUGACAACAAUGGAGCUGGAGAACACAAGAUUGAAAGCUCAAGAAGAGCUAAAAAUUAGAGAAGAUGAGAUACUCCAGCUGAAAGAUCUGUUAAACAGAACCAUCAAUGAAAAAAAUGAAGCUCAAGAGAAAUGCCAAAAAUUAAUCUUUGAAAAACUCCUACUCCACCACCAACAACAACAACAGCAACUUCUGGUGCAUCAACAGUUUCAACAACAAACAGGUCCAUUAUCUGGUGUUUCAAGCAUUGAAGAUGAACCAAUUAUAAACAGGUCCUUUUCAUCUUCAGAUUGUGAUGAAAGCAUUGUGUCUUCCCCACAAGAGAAACAACAAGAUUUGCCUAUUCUUAUAGACAAACCAUUACCUGAAAAUGGGAAAUUCUUGCAAGCUGUAAUGAAAGCAGGACCACUUCUACAAACACUUCUUCUUGCUGGCCCUUUACCUCAAUGGCGCCACCCCCCACCCCCAAUGGACACCUAUGAAAUCCCACCACCUCCUGUGGUUAUUCCAUGUCAAGAUCCAAUUUUUAAUGGUUUUAACAACUGUGGGAGACUAAACAAGAAAAGAGGUAGUGGUGUUCUUUUUGAUGAUUCUAACGAUUCUAACAAUGGAAACAAAUACCAAAGAGUUGUGCUGUGAGUUUCCAAUUGAUAAAAAGAUACAAUUUUUUAGAAAAAAGGACUGAUUUUUAGAAGUUUUUGUACAAAAUUGAGAAGAGGUUUGAUUUAGGAAAGUGAGUGAGGGAGAUGAAGAUCAAAAAAAUUGACUUUUUGUUGUUGUUGAAAAGGGAAAAGAAGAAAAGAGUAUUGUUCUGAGCUAUUUUUAGUUUUUUUUUUUUUUGGUUUGGUUCAGUAAUAGUAUGUUUGGUUGGAUUGUC